GAUGUGAUUCGGAUGUUGUAUUUUGCACUGCUAUAAUGAUUAGUCGCAACAGUCCAAUCUUUGUGUUAAUUUUUGUAUUCUUUCUCAUCUGCAAAUUCUGUUAUUGCUAACUUUUACUUUGGACAUUGAGAUGGUUUCUCAUCAGCAUGUGACGUUUUCAUGUUGUUGAUUUGGAUAUUCCCGUCUUGGUUAUGGCAUUUCUAAUUUGAACCAUAGAUUUUUUGGUGGUUGUUGGCUUUUACUUUCAGUUUUAUUCCAAAUUGUUGCCAAUGAAGAUAUGGGUAAAUAUCUCUGAUGAAGCAUUCAUCUCCAUAGAUACUAAGAAACUCACAAACCGCAGUUGUCUGAAUCCUUUCCGGUGCAGACAGGCCAAGCUGACAAGUUCUUGGAGUCCUUUUGGCAUAUAAGGCGACGCUUAUAGCCAGUACGAAGUCAUGAAGGGACCUGUAAGAUGGGAUGAAGCUAAGCUUGCUGAAAUCGAGGCAAAUAAACCUGUCAAGAAAAAGAUUGAUGAACCCAAGACACCAUUUCACCCAAAGGUUAAUAAAGACGGCUCAUUGUAUUCUGUUGGAAGCAGUGGUAAUGCUGCACAAGCUGAAGCUAUAAGAAAUGCUUUGAAUGAAGUAAUUUCAAGUCGAAGGCAUUCUACAGGUUUUGUAGGAUGGACAUCAUUUGAGGAUGAGGCUGAUGCCAUGGAGCAAGAUGAAGGUAGUGUAAAGAUUGAGCAUGACAUAAGUUUCGAAGAUAAUAGGAGAAAACAUUAUGAUGAGUUCUGGAGGGUAAAAGAGCUCAAAAAAUAUGGAUUUUUUCCGAACGAUAAGAAUGAUGAGGAUGAUGACGCAGGGAGACAACAUUCAUAUUCGUUUCUUAGCAAUGGGUUGAGAGAAAUACACAUCGAUGGUCCCAAUGAAAUCCUGUGAACGAUAGACAUUCAGGAAGUUAUUGGGAGACUGCCUCAAAGACAUCUACUUCCAAAGUAAAAGAGCUUAGAAUCCAGCAGGAAAUCCCGACUCAAAUGAUAUUGUUUCUAUCGAUAUUUAGUUAAAUAGCAUCUGUAAUGAACUAUGACCUCCCUGCCCAAGAAGCCCAAAUUAUCUUUGUAUAUGUAGGCUUUUCUUUAAGAGAAAAUAUGAGCCCAAGUGGUUGUUUGUGGAUUA